UCCCGCUACCAGCACGCACCACAGCCGCCUACCACCACCCCACCCGGCCUCCCUCCAUCCGUCUCCACGUAUCUUAUCAUGGUUCUUCCCCCCCGCCCGCUGCUGCCUCCCUUGCCUUGCACAUCUCGGCAAGCAUCCUCCUCCUGCAAGGAUCGAUUUGUUUAUCGCCCUCGUCGGGUGAAGAGGAAGGAAGCUCUCUCCAUGCAUGUUGCUUGACGCGAGCUUAUCGAGGACGACGCCAUGAACGACGGGAGCAGGUGUGACCGGCGGCGGCGGCCGUGGCAUUGGCUCGUCGUCUCGUGGGUUCUCGUGGCGACUGUGGUGGUGGGGGAGGGAGGCGCGGAGGUGACGGAGCUGGACUUCGAGGAGCGCCGGGACGAGCGGCGAGACCUGCUGGUGCUGCGCGACACGCUGCGGUCGGCGCUGGACCUUCACUCCAACUGGACGGGCCCCCCUUGCCACGGCGGGCGCAGCCGGUGGCGCGGCGUGUCGUGCGACGGCGACGGGCGCGUGGUGGGCGUGGCGCUCGACGACGCGCAGCUCACGGGCUCGCUCCCGCGCAGCGCGCUCCGCGGCGUGUCGAGGCUCGAGGCGCUGUCGCUGCGCGGGAACGCGCUCCACGGCGCGCUGCCGGGGCUCGAGGACCUGCCGCGCCUCCGCGCCGUCGACCUGUCCAGCAACCGCUUCUCGGGCCCCAUCCCGCGCGGGUACGCCACGUCGCUCCGGGACCUGGCGCGCCUCGAGCUCCAGGACAACCUGCUCAACGGCACCCUCCCGGCGUUCCGGCAGCGGGGGCUCGUCGUCUUCAACGUGUCCUACAACUUCCUCCAGGGCGAAGUCCCGGACACCCGCGCGCUGCGCCGGUUCCCCGCGAGCGCAUUCGACCACAACCUCAAGCUCUGCGGCGAGGCCGUGAACGCCGAGUGCCGGGAGGAGGCGCCGCCUUCGUCCGGUGGUUCGGCCGCCGCCGAUGGAGGCGGCAGUGACGAUCCGGUCAUCAGGCCGGCAGGCGGCAAGGAUCGGGAAGCACGGAAGCCCGUGCGAUUCAGGCUGGCGACGUGGAGCGUCGUGGCGAUGUGCCUCAUCGCCGCGUUAGUGCCGUUCGCGGCCAUCCUCAUCUUCCUGCACCACAAGAAGAAGGGCCGGGAGGUCCGUCUCGGCGGUCGUGCCGAUGCCGCAGUGACAGGAGCUGGGGACAUCAACGACAAAACCAAGCAGGGCAGAGGGAGCGGCAGCCGGAGCACGGACUCGGCCGGUGGCAAGGGAGCCGAGCUGCAGUUCUUCCUCGACGACAGGGCGAGGUUCGAGCUCAACGAGCUGUUCCGGUCCACGGCGGAGAUGCUCGGCAAGGGCCGGCUCGGGAUCACGUACCGGGUGACCCUCGAGGCCGGCCCCGUCGUCGUCGUGAAGCGGCUGCGGAACAUGGCGCACGUGCCUCGCCGAGACUUCACGCACACCAUGCAGCUCCUGGGAAAGCUCCGGCACGAGAACGUCGCCGAUCUCCUCGCCUGCUUCUACUCCAAGGAGGAGAAGCUCGUCGUGUACGAGCACGUCCCCGGCUGCAGCCUCUUCCAGCUCCUCCAUGGGAACAGGGGCGAGGGGAGGACGCCGCUGCCGUGGCCGGCGAGGCUAUCGAUAGCGCAGGGCACGGCGCGCGGGCUGGCGUACCUGCACCAGUCGCUGCCGUACUUCCACCGGCCGCCGCACGGCAACCUCAAGUCCUCCAACGUGCUCGUCUUCUUCUCGGCCGCCGCCAAGAGCAAGCAGCAGCAGCAGAAGCAGGCGGUGCCGAAGCUGACGGACCACGGCUUCCACCCGCUGCUCCCGCACCACGCGCACCGGCUGGCGGCGGCCAAGUGCCCGGAGUUCGCGCGCGGCGGCGGCCGGCGGCUGUCGUCCCGCGCCGACGUAUACUGCCUCGGGCUGGUGCUGCUGGAGCUGGUGACCGGGAAGGUGCCCGUGGAGGAGGACGGCGACCUCGCGGAGUGGGCGCGGCUGGCGCUCAGCCACGAGUGGUCCACGGACAUCCUCGACGUCGAGAUCGUGGCCGACCGGGGCCACCACGGGGACAUGCUGCGGCUCACGGAGAUCGCGCUGCUCUGCGCCGCCGUCGACCCCGACAGGCGGCCCAAGGUGCAGGACGUCGUCCGGAUGAUCGACGAGAUCGCCGCCAGCGACGGGCCGGAGCUAGCCGGACGCUGAGCUCCGCGACGGUGCAGCGUGUGGACUGAUCGACGUGAUCUUCUUGGCUUGGAACUUGUACGAUUUGUGUCUCGUAAUCGGUUUCGCCUUAAUUUCUUGUUCCUUUUCAAUUGUAACAUCGUAAUCGAGCAGGAAGUAGCACGCCAAUGCUCCCUGAUCGAUUGCUUUGGUGCAUCAGAGUUCAGAGAUUCAGAGAGAAGGAUGUCAAGCUCAUUUGUUAUUA